UGAAAUUGUGUGUGUGUGUGUGUGUGUGUGUGUGUGUGUGUGUGUGUGUGUGUGUGUGUGUGUAAAUCUGCAUUGUAUAAUUAAUCAGUGAGAGAGAGCCUCAAAUAUCACAUUCAUGUAUUUGGUCUUGUUUGCAUGGUCAAACAAAAACAACUUAAUGAUUAUAGAUUAUAGAUCCUUCCACAAUGCAGGCAAUUGCUGAAGUUGGUGCAACUGUUUUAAGGGAUAGACCUUGGGUUAAGGGUUAGUGAUUUUUCUGCAAAAAAACAUGCUCUCUUGCUCUUCGCCGUGGCCAUCUGCAGGUACUGCAUAUCUCUUUCAAUACACUCACUGGGCUCACAAUCUGAGGUAGCAACUGCGUCAGAUCUACAAAUCACCAUUAGCUGCUAAGCAAUGAGCUAGACCCAUCCACUUGGUUUGCAACUCAGUUGACCUGCGCUCCAUUUGCUAAAAUCUUUUUAUUCCACCUGUUUAAAUUCGCCAUAUCUUGAGAGAAAAAAAGAUAGGGACAUGCGUUUUGCUUACGUUUUGCUCCUUUUUCUGAAAAUAAGAUUGAUAACCAUGACCAGGCAUUUCAAUCACCAUGGGUCACCACAAUGUGUAGCCAGGAGAGCAGUGCUAGUGCUCACCAAGUAGCCAUAUCCUGGUAAUAUCACAUUAUCUGAUAUAAUUAUAAUAAUGGGUUAUUUGCUAGAGCACCCUGAAUUGAAAAUGUUCUUCUGUAUGAGUUUCAUCCCAUACAUCAGUGGUUUCAAGUUUGUAUCUGUAUAUUUUUUUUACGAGCUAAUGGUAGCGAAAAAGAAAAUACUUCUGCAUUUCCCAAACUGUCAACAUAUUGCAUAUAGGCUCAGGAUAACGAAGGAUAAAGUUGGUAGGCUGAUAUUCAGAACUUAAAUAGCCAAUAGGACUAAUAAAGCCAAUGCCGGUGGGUCUACCAUAUCGAUGGGCAUUCAUAAAAUUAUAUUGCGGGCCGACAUGGUAGGCUACACCUAAAAACAAAAGCUCGAGCCGAUGUCUUUUUGACAUAUUUUUGGGGGGUCCUGUCCGCACCUGCAGUCUUUGCUUUGUGUUUUACAAAUGGUAGGCCUCCCACAUAGAUGGGCAUUCCUAAAAUUCUAUGUCAGGCGACACUGUAAACUAUACCUCAGUAAGCACUGACCGACACUGAUGCCUUCUGGAUGUCUUUUUUGGUCUUUGUCCAAUGUCUUUUUUGGUGCCAUCUGGACUGGGCUCGGUUUCCAUAUCCACAGAUGUUGCUUGUUGGUCCACUCUGGACCACUCAUAGGUUUGGUUCAGAUUUUGUCUGGUCUGGGCGAGCUUUGAUUUGGCCCAAACAUAGAGGUCUAUAAAUUACGUACUUUCAUUCAGAAACGAAAAUGAACCUGAUUUCAACAUCUGGAAAAUGCAUAUUUUCACCUUUCAUUCAGAACCUAAAUUGAACCUAACUUCAACGUCUUGAAAAUACGGAUAGUAGAGGUCUUUUUAACGUCAGUUUUGCUUACUUGGGACAAUUCUCGUAAGGGGCGGAUAUUUUGUUGUCUCGCCGAGCGCGACCAGGACCGUCACAUGAACACUUUCACUUUCCAAAGGUCAACGUCAUUUGAAGUGGCCUUCCGUGCUGGCGGGAUAUGUAUUUUAUCUUCGAAAAUAACAACAACAACAUAUUGUAGGCCGCAGAUGAAAACGUUUUGAUUGCGUCCAUCGUCUAAACUGGAAUGUAGUGUUUUUGUCUCGCAUGCUUUUGCGCGUCUACAGUCUGAAUGAAUCUAUCCACCCUGGGCCUAUAUUGAAAUGUAAAUAGCCUACAAUCAUACUUUCAUUUCUGAAUCUAUAUGUGCAACCCAAUAUGACCCUAUUCAGUGAACUGGUAAAUAUAGCCAUUUUCAAUAAAGAAAACUGAAUUGAAGAGGGCAACAGCAGUUGCGAUCGGCGCCAAUGGACCCGUUGGAUUUUCUGACAGAUAAACAGUUACUGCAGUUUUUCUGCUGUAGUAAAACAGAAAUGUCGUGCAUGGAGCAACCACACACCUUUCUCAACCAGCUCCGAGACCACCACCUCAUUCCGGAGAAAAUGCAUAAGAAGCUGAUUCGGUGUAGGAAUAAGGCGGUGAGGGAGAAGGGUGUGUACCAGGUGUUGGACUGGGUGGAGGCAGAGAGGCCCAACAGCAUCAAGGUGUUCUGGAACUGUGUGUUCAGGGACCACCUCCUGCUGCAGUACCCCACGUUACGCCUGCUCCGAAACCGCCUGCUGGACGGGUCGUUCACAUUUUAUGAGAAUCUGCCAGAGAAGAUGGAGAAGGAGGAGGAGGAUAACAAGAAGAAGGCUUCAGCGGAUGGGGAAGAGGAAGAGGAGGAGGAGGAGAAAAAGACAGGAAGGAAAAAUAGUAAAAAGAAAAGUGAGAGUGCAGAGAAGGGCAAGCCCAGCACGUCCACCCAGUCCACCCCCAGUCAGAAGAGGAAAGUCCAGAGGGUCAAAAACUGUUCUCCUUUUUGCAAGGGGGAGAAAUCUGACAUCUGGACCUGGCCCUUCUACAAGAUCCAGCUCCCAGUCACCUGUGGGGACAAGGAAGGCAUGCUCAUCAGAAACAAGCUGGCCACAGGGGAGAGAUGCAUUGUGGUCCAGGGUCGCUGGUUCACCCCAAGUGGCUUUGAGGAGUUUGGGGGGAAGAAGAGCAGAAAGAACUGGAAGUACAGUAUCCACUGUAGAAACACCACUCUGGGAGAACUGAUCCAGGGAGGCCAUUUAACUUCACCAGACUUUAAAAGAAGAAAGAGUGCACAGGAUCACCACCCUGGUUCCUCAUCCACUGUUCGGAGGUCCCUACAAAUGAAUAGAACGGUAAUACAUCAUGGUAAUUCAGCUUCUGCCAAGAGAGCACUGUUUCCCUUCAACCAAUCAGCAGGCUCAGUCACAGAAUCUGAGGAGGAUGACAAUGAUGAGGAGGAAGAGGAGGAAGAAGAAGCUGAGCAGGAAAGCGAGGAAGGAGAGAGAAGAGAUCAGGCAAACACUGCUGGAGAGAGCAGUACAGGAGGCAGCCAUUGUGGUGUGAAAAAGUCUGUCUUCAAAGUCACCUGUGGAGCCAUCAAUGGAGUGCUACAUAAGGAUCGGUUUGCAUCAGGGUCGUGUGGAAAGAGCAUCCGUACGGAGCUGCGCUGGAUGACCCCGGUGGAGUUUCUGACGGGGGGGUCAAAUCUGGAAGAUCCCUCCUGGAAGAAAGACAUCCAGUGGGACGGGAAACCACUCAGCCUCCUCAUCGAGAGUAAGAUCUUGGUCAUCCACUCUCUCCUGUGUAAGUGCAAGCUGUGCAGCUCCACAGCCAAAGACAGGCAUGAUCAGGAUAACGAUGACGACUGCUUCAUCUGUAGAAGCCAGGGCAACUUGAUAUGCUGUGAUGAGUGUCCUCGCUCCUUCCAUCAGAGAUGUCAUCUUCCGAAUGUGGAUGAUGCUAUCCUGGGGGAUGAUUGUCCGUGGAUGUGUACAUUCUGUGUACUGAGGGCCAGUCAGUCGUGGCGCUACCCCAAACAAAUGACCUACCAGGAAGCCUUAACCUGCCGAAUCUCAGACCACCAACUGGAAUGCCAGUACCUCCUGCUGUGUCUGUACAAUGCGGACGAGGAACACAUCGCUGUGGCAGAUCCUUGCAUCAAUGUGAGAAACUACACCAGUGUGAUAAAGACCCCUAUAUGGCUGGACAGGGUUGUGGAGAAGCUGCAGCAGAAUCUCUACCAGUCGGUGCAACAAUUUGUGUCUGAUGUGUUGCUUAUCUUCACCAACUGUGCCACAUUUAACAGGGACAAUGCAGAGUUCUGUGGGAUGGGUGAAAGAUUGAAGGAUCUAUUUGAGAGAGAGUUCAAGAGUACAUUCAGUAUCCAGCUUCAGCAUCCAACUGCAUCCAACAGCCAGUAGAGCCUUCAUCAAGUCUGUACUGUUAUCUCACUAUGAGACAACAGGGAAUAUUCACCAUGCCCUGGUCUUUCUAUACAGCCUUCAUACAGACUUGCAUGUACAUUAUUAUCCAUCUAGUCCUUUCAUGAAUUGCUUUCAUUCGUUCUGGCAGUCAAAAUGGGUGUGUGAUGAUAAUUGAAAUAGAAUGAUGGUGAUAACAUUGCAUUUCACACAGUAAAUGUUGCUUUGCUAACUUCUCAUACAAGAGCCUUAGAAUUCCUCACCUUCCAGGUUCUUACUUCUGGUUAGGCCUCACUAGAUUCAUGUCCAGGGAUUCUAGAGAAAAUAAACUCAUGAAUUUCUAAAACAUUGUA